GUUUCUGUCAAUUAUUUCUAUUCAGUGCCACCCAGAAGAGUUUGUUUCCGUUUGUGUUUCAAUUUCCUUAUCGUAAGAGAAACUACCAGAACCUUUCAAACUGUCAAUAAGACUCGUGAAAUUAUUCAGAGCUAAAAGAGAGGUUUCUCUUAUAGCUUCGUUUGUGUUUUACGCUAACGUUUAAACAAGAAGCAAUUUUAACGUGUUAGCUCCGUCUUAACAAUUUUAAUAGCCACUCGAAGCAGCUUUCGUCGGAGCUAUUUUCCCGCGGACCGGCUGCACUGACAGCACCUGGGAGACUUUUCUGAACGCUGAAUUAAAACUGAAGUUUUAUUCUGCUUUGACGCUACAAAGUAAGAAAAAAAAACACUUUUUUUACUGAAGGUGAAGUGUUUUCAACAAGUGGAUUUCAGCGAACACAGAGGGGAACUUUUGUAACGUCGUGUCAUGUUUCGGUUGGUGCUGAGAUCAAGGUCCAAGUCAGAGUAACAAACCCCGUCAAUUUUCCUUUAAAAGUAGAGUCAAAAUGUCAGAGUCUGUCGACAGCCGCACAAAAACUCUCAACUUUAACAUCGGGGUGCUUGGACAUGUCGAUAGCGGGAAGACGUCGCUCGCCCGGGCGCUGAGCAGCACCGCCUCCACGGCCGCCUUCGACAAGAACCCGCAGUCCCGAGAGAGAGGCAUCACGCUGGACCUCGGCUUCUCCUCCUUCACGGUGGAUUUUCCGGAUCACCUGCGGGACGGUGAAGGCCAGCAGCCGUAUGACAACCUGCAGUUUACUCUGGUGGAUUGUCCUGGGCACGCUUCUCUCAUUCGGACCAUCAUUGGAGGUGAGAUAUCUUUGAAAUAUGCACAUUUGAUGCUCGUUAUUCAUUUAAUUACAAGACAUAAUAUGGUGUUGUUUGUUUUGUACUCGGUGUCGUCUGCAUAGGUGAGAAUGGGGUAAGAUGAGCCGUUUUUCAUAUUUCUGAUCACUACAUCAAGACAAUCCUAGUUUUGUCUCUAACUAGUGUAUCUGCAUAUAUUUCAAGAUGUUGUGCAUCCCUGCAAACCAACAGAAUGAGUGUAAACAUAACUGUCUUGAUAAUAUAGCAUGCCAAAAAAAGUGGUCUCCUAUGGUCAACUUACCCCAUGUAUGGGGUAAGUUGACCAUAGGAGCGGGGUAAGUUGAGCCAUAUCCCUACUAGCCCCCCACUCUCCACCCCAGCCCUCCCUCACCUUCUCUCUCUCUAAAUAACAGUCACUUCUUCACAUUCAUGUGUUUUUUUAUCUAUUGUACGCUAUUCAACUGGUUCAAUAAUUAUUUUUAUUAUUAUUGUAUAUAACUGUAAAAAAGCUGUUUAGUAAAAAGUCAUUCUAACAUGAGAAUGUCUUUAGGUGAUUCAGAACAUUCACAGCUGUAUUUUUGGAAAGAAAAAGUAAAACAUUUCAACAAAAUGAACUGAAACUCUGAUCCUCUCAUCAGACUCCUUUACUUUCUCAGUUGAACCACUGGCUCAACUUGCCCCAGAACUACUAUGAUGACUUUAUUAGUCCUCAAUACUCUAGAAUGGUGGACUUUUAUGCAAGGUUUUUGACCUCAUGUUGUAGCUCAUAGAUACAACAAUUGAUGUAUAAAACAAAUUUAAAAUCUUUUAAGAUCUUUUUUGGUCUGAACACAAUUCUAAUCAAACUUAUGACAGAUUAAAUUCACUUUCAAGAGUGAAAAAUGUUUUUUUGUAAAUAAAUGUCUAACCCCUUCACCCAUGUGCUUCUAACCUUCACAGACUCCAUGAAUUGAUGCCCAUCUCCUAAAUAUUUGGUCACAUGAUCAAUUUCUUUGACCAUUUCCAAGCAACAGGGGCUGGCUCAACUUACCCGUUGGCUCAGCUUACCCCACUCUCCCCUAUGUCUUUCUAAGCCAUCCUUAAAAUCAUUUUCUCACUUUAAUCGUUCAUGUGGAUCUGACUUUAAAUCCAAAGAAUCCACAACAUUAUACUUCCUAUUCAGGGAGCAAAGUUUGGAUAUCUUGAAUAAAUAUUUUACUUGUAAAAACCACUGCCUUCAUCCCUAGGCUUGUUAUAUUAACACUCAGAUUUAAAAGCUUCUGUUUUUUUUUUCAAUUUUUUGUAUUUUGUAUCAUGACUGCAGCUUGUAAUUCAGAGUAUUGGGGCAGAUGAAAGUGAAUUAUGUUUCAUCUCAUCUGCAGUUCUCAUAUAUUAAAGGUAACAAAAAUCCGUUGGUAGGGGUUUUACAUUUUAACCCAUCUGGAUCAGAGUUUUACAAACAGAUCUCUCUGAAGAUUCAAACUAAAUUUAAUUCUUUCCAUAGCAUAAAUUUCACUUACCAAACUUUACCAAAGCAUUCCUAAUGAGGGUUCAGGAAGUAAGAAGUACCUUGUAAUGGCUCAAAAGCUUCUGCUUAAAAAACUGUAACAAUCUUUCACUGUAAAACCCCAAACUGCUGUGAAAACUGAUGCUGCCUUCUUUACAUGUGCAAAAUUUGUUGUAUCCAGCAGAUGGCGCUUUCCCUCCACAAGCAGUCAAAUUGAUCUCAUAUCUUGGAUGGUUGUGAAUUACAGAAGAACCAACUACAGUAUAGAUUUGCUGCUCCACUGAGUAGAGACGCACAAACACUGAAUGCUGCUAUGUCAUGUAACAACACAUAAAUGAAACCUCCAAACCAGUGGGGUGCCACAUGCUGUAGAUUAGGGAGGAAGGAAAGGGGUAUGUAUUAAACUUCCUUUCCUGUCCCAAGUGGGGACAACACAGGAAAGAAAAGCAGCCAAAUAGAAGGAGAGAAAAGAGGGGAGCACAGGAAAGAGAGACUGCCAAAGUCAGGAAAAGAAAAGAGGGAAGGGAAGACAACCAAGUGAGCUGCAGCUCUAGUUUCAACCCUCUAGCCUUUUUCUCUCUUUAUGCCUUUGUGCACCCCUCCUCUUAUUUCUUGUCUUGUUCCACUGUUAUUUUUGGAUGUCUGGGUCUGUUCCUGUUUGUGUUGCUGUUGUCAGCUCCAUUUUUUUAUUUUAGUACAGUUAUUAUUACUUUCUAGAUUCUCAUCAAGAAAGGUCGAGUUUCUUUGACAGCGAACAACAGUGCCUUCCUAGUGAGAUUGUUGCUUUUUCAUAGCAGUAAUUAGUGACAUCUUGUUUAUAACUGUUUGUGUUUUCUUCCUCCUCUAGGUGCUCAAAUCAUUGACCUGAUGAUGCUUGUAGUGGAUGUGGUGAAGGGGGUGCAGACUCAGACUGCAGAGUGUCUGCUGAUAGGAGAGCUGACCUGCCCCGGCAUGGUGGUCAUCCUCAACAAAAUUGACCUGCUGCCACCAAACAAGAGACAGAGUGCGAUUGAAAAAAUGACCAAGAGACUGCACAAAACUCUGGAGAACACCAGGUCAGAACUGUAUGGAUAGAUAAAGGACCAGACAGCUCAGUUGGUCAGUUAUAAUGCAUUUUAGACCACUGAUUUGAGCAUUUAGUCUUACAUGUGUCUCUGUCUUGGGCCAAAAAUCUAGAGGAGAGAGGCUUGUCUUUCUUUUCCACAAACUGCAUGCAGAUCUUAGCAGAAAUAUACAGGGAAAAAAAAACAAGUUUAGGGCUUUACAUUUAUGUCUCAAAACAGAGAAAUAUCAACACAGAGGCACUUCUGGGAUUCUUUUCACAGCCUGAUCCGGUCUUUCUGUGAAGAGGCUUCCCUUUGCUUCACAAUGAAUAGAAAAAAGGGGGGGUGCCAAAGAAGUAAGAUGGCACAGAUCAUAUACUUGGGUACCUUUCCUAACUUUUGACAAUUGUAAUGCAGCAAAUUGUUUGCCAUACCAAACCAAACUGACUAACAGCAACAGGUGAAAAAGCUGUUUUAUUCUGAAUGUGGAGGCCAAGCCAACGCUUAAAGCCACUGAGGUGCUGCAUCUGGAUUAACUAAUUUAUGCAUGUAAAAAGUUACGUCUGAUCAAUAAAAGUCCAUGUGCGAUUGCCUUGCCGAACACUACAUGUGUUUAUUUUUCUUCUAUAGGCUCCAAAAAUGCACAAUUAAACAAGACAAAAACAUGUUCCACACUUUUACUGCAGCAACAUUUGCACCUUAAAAAAAAGUUUCCCCUUUCACUGGACGGAGCACCUACCUAGACACAAAGGUUCCUACCUUAUAUAGAAAAAUAGAAAAAUAUUAAAAUAUAGAAAAGUCCUUGAGUGCAAACAGUGAUACCAAAACUUCAUAUUUUUCAUGAUCUGCUCCUACACUGUACUUUACCUCUAUAAUCUCCAAGGGUCUCUCUGUAGGACCCUCCUGAUCUCCAUCAAAGUUACCCCAAUCAAAGCAUGAGGAAUCGCUAAUAUGACUGUCUUUCUUGUUUUGUUUUUCAAACCAGAUUCAAGGACUGUCCAGUGAUUUCUGUGGCAGCAAAGCCUGGGGGCCCAGAAGCUCCUGACACAGAGGAGCCACAAGGAGUAUCAGAGUUAAUAGAGGUAAACUCUUGCAACAAAUCAGCCUGUUUUGACCAUCACUGAUGUAACUCAAAGAGUUCUUGAGCUCUCACUUGUGGACAAGAACCUUAAGUAAAUCAGAGUUAUUAAAACUGUGGUAAAAAAAUUAUCAAAUAAGUUGUCACUUAUGUUGACUUAAUGUACAUUUAAACUGAAUAAUAUUAUAUCCUGUGUUCAGAUUUCAGUGCAUGUAUUCUAAUCUGAUUCUGUAAUUUGAGGUAUGCAUAAUUCAAACUGAUGAUAAUGGUUGUAAAAAAUCUAGCUAAGAAUGGAGGCAUAUUUUCAGUCAAAACAGGGAGUUGUCGGUGCUCUCUAGGUGACAGUUCAAGUAUAAACUGUUGCUUUGAUUAAUUAUUAUUUUGUUAUUCAUAAAGACUCCACAAUAUACAGUAUCUGCAAUGGCCUAAUAAAGGUCUGUACUUUUUUAGGCUCUGAUACAUUUCAAAGCAGUUUCUUUCUGGUCCAAGGUUUAAUCCAAACAGGCAAGUGGACUUGGUUAAAAUCCAGUUUUCCCAUAAACAGGCCAAACUAGAUAAAUGAGAAUAAUUACCAUAUGACUUUAGAAACAGUAAAGACUCCAACACAAUGAAAUACCAGAGCGCUGCCAUCAGUCCACAAUAGUUCAAUGUUGAUGUCCUGAUGUUAUUUUGCACAACAUUACAGAGUUGCAGGAAACCACUGUCAUUUUUAUUUAAAGUGUGACUCAACACUAAUGUGUUAAUAAUAAAUAAAUGAUUUUUCAUCCUUUUUGUCAACCAUUUCAGCUUCUAAAGAAACAGACUUACCUCCCUAAGAGAAACCCCAGAGGAGACCUUCUCAUGGCUGUGGACCAUUGCUUCUCCAUCCGUGGUCAGGGGACAGUCAUGACUGGAACCAUUCUGCAGGGCUCACUGGCCAUCAAUGACACUGUGGAAAUCCCAGCACUAAAGGUAGACAACAACAACAACAACAAUAAAAAAGAGGCGUUACUUAUCAAUCUUUGAUAUGCCAGAAAAAUGGCACAGACUGCAGAGUUUAGGAAGUUCAGAAGAUGAGUGAAAGUGGGCAGACAGGGGGGGGGGGGAGAGGAUGUGUCAGUUUAAUGUAAGGGUCGGAUGAAGGGAUGGGGGGGUGCACUGGCAGCACUGGGAUCAACUAAUUUAGACCAGAUGCAUGAUUCCAGUCAGCUUCAGAGGUUUUUGCCUGCAGUUAUUUUGCUCACCUCUUGGUGGCAGCAAAUGCAAACAGUAAAUUGUCGCAGAGCCUUUCUCUGUACGCCAACUGUUGAUUUUGUCAGUGAGUGACAGAAGACAAAAAAACGCAGAAAUACUGAUGAAGAGAGAUGUUGACUGAUAAAAUCGAUUCUCAUAGAUCAAUAUUUUUCUGGCACUUCAUUUAUAUUAUUUUUUUAGUUGUCAAGCUCCAACAAAUCUCAUCAGCAGAGUUAUCAACAUAAAGAUUGGAUGAUGGUCAAAAGUGAUAUUUUGGCCUCUCUUAUCUUUUGAAGGUGAAACCAUCUUCUCAAUGAUGUGUUGACUUAUGUAUGUGGAUAUUCAUCUCUCAUUUAUCGUCUCUGUUUGCUCUCAGGUGACCAAGAAGAUAAAGUCGGUGCAGAUGUUUCGGAAGCCAGUGUCUGGGGCUAUGCAGGGGGACCGCGUGGGCGUGUGUGUGACACAGUUUGACCCUAAACUCUUAGAGCGAGGUGUGGUGUGCACCCCAGGGUCCCUGCGUACCCUCUAUGCAGCUGUCAUCUCUGUGAGGAAGAUAGGAUACUUCAAGGGCUCCCUCUCCACCAGAGCGAAGUUCCACAUCACAGUCGGCCAUGAGACGGUUAUGGCGAGGGUUACUUUCUUUGGCCUGCCACCUCUGGGUGCCUCAGACACUCAACCACCGCCAACGCAGCCCUGCUCACUCGAAACACCGUUCACCUUCGACAGAGAGUAUUUCUACCAUGAUGAGUAUGUCAGCGGUCAGGGAGAGGGAAGUUCUGGACCUGACCCAGAACAGUGGGCCCUGCUGGAGUUUGAGCGGCCGGUCACAUGCCCCUCUCUCUGCCUGGUAAUUGGUUCCAAGCUGGACACAGACAUCCACGCAAACGCAUGCCGGUUAGCCUUCCAAGGCCGCCUGUUACAAGGGUUCGAGGAUAAAGCCUACGCUGAGACAUCCCUGCCUCACCUGCAAAUCUACAAAACAAAAUACAAGGAGGGACAGGUGGAAAGGGUGAGUGGACACACAGAUUAAGACUGAACACUUGGUUUGCAGACUUCUCUUCAUUCUUUUCAUCCUUCAAUGUUCUCCUUCUACCUCUGCCCUCACAACCACUGUGUGCUCCUCUCAGCUCUGCGCGAAUGUUUCUGCUUUCUUUGGAUGUUUCUCAUUGCUGGUGGCACUGGAGCAUGCCUGCCAGACAGAGCCCCUAUUGUAUAUUCAUAAACAGACACGUACGCACAAACAAGCAUGCAUGUGCAACCCUGGUGAGUCUAGUUUGAGGCAUGGGUGGGUAUGCAUGCCUUUGCAUUUGCUGUGACACCAGGGUGUGCGUGGGUGGCCGCCUGACGCCACCAGCCCUGUCUAGUUGUCAGAUGCUGGCACUGUUUAGACACACAUGAGUGGCACAGAAAUACCCACAUGACUCCUGGAGUUCACCUGACUCUUACCUUGUUCCUCUCCACCUCGGCAUUCUCCCUCUCUCGCAUGUUGUUUAGAUUUUUGUUCCGUGUCAUUGCUCUGACGCUCUGCCUUCAGCACAAAAUCUUAUCUGCGUCAAUUAUUUUCUUUUUUGACUUCCAAACAAUGAUUAUGAAGAUGUUUGGUCUCUUGUCAUCCUCCGCUGCACAUUCAAGUGUUUCUGUUUGCACCCUCCUGCAGUGUGGGAGUCAGGUCAGGGGUCAAGUGUGAGAACCAAGUUUCCUGCUGUUAGCACCUCAGGCUGCUGACAGCUCCAGUCACUGACUCAGGAGCCGACGAGAGGUCAGACAGUGGCCAUGUGACGUUAAAAAUUUGUCGCUCAUAUGUCACCCAGAGAGAAGCGGUUCUGCUUUGAGACUUCAAAAAAUUCCUUUUUGCCAAAGAACACAUUGCUGGAAUUUUUGAGAUAUGAUGGCCUCAUCCAGUCACAAUUCAUACAGUCUGCCGGACGUGUACAGCAAGUGUAUUUUUUUUUCUUUCUUUUUAUCAGCUCAUCAGUCACGCUUGAGGGACACGAGGGUCAAAUGUUCAAGAAUGAAUGAGGGUGAGGCAGGAGGAGAGAGGAAGAGCCAGCGGUGGGGGGUUAGUUGGAGACAGAGCGGUGCCUACGUGUGAUCAGAUUAGCCGCAGUUAAGAUCAACUUAGUGAUGGAUGAUAAGAAAGACAUACAAACAAAUAGAAAAUGUGCAGGAGAAUCAAAGAGAGCCUUGAAGAACAUGGGGUGAUGGUUAGCUGCUGAAGGCAGAGGAUCACCAGCUUCUUUUACACAACUGCAAUGAUGACAAAGUGAAAUUGGAGAAACCCACUAUGGUCCUAAAUAGUUCAUGUUUUUCUCUUUAUAACCAUUUUGCUUGUUUCUAAUAAUACAAAAAUUGCAAUCUAAGAACUCAGCUAUCAUUCAUCUUGUGUUUUUCAAACAAAAUGUGUUUUUUUUUUGUGUCUGAGGGCAAAAAUGUAACAGUAGCUAAACUGAAAUGUGGGGUUUAUCAGCUUCCGUGUCAUGAAAUCGAUGCAUCACAACAAAUGCAUAUUGGCUACUGCAAUCAGUGAAUACCUGAUGAUUUGCUGGUGGGACAAAAUCUGUGAACAAGGCAAAUAUCAGCUGAUACUUAGUCCAUAUACUGGUGCAUUUUUAACCCUUUAAUGCCUGAAACCACAAAUUAUGGCCAGAAAAUUCACAUUUUUUUGGAGCUGAAAUGUUUAUUUCACUUGCUACUGAAAACCCCCCAAAUUAAAUGUUUUAAAUUAAAAAUUAAUAUUUAACAAAUAUAUUUAUUUAUCUCGUUUGAUUCAUUAGAUGUUUUUGGAACCUGAUAAACCACAUGAGGAUAUUUUCAUCAUUUAUCAGACUGUAUUCAGGUGUUUUUUAGUAAUUUGUUGAUCAUAUUGCUUUGAUAGAAGUAUCACAAAAAUAUGUAUCAAAUAUGAUACAAAGGGCAUUAUAGGGCUAAAGGGUGUCAAAUUUAGUACCUACGUUUUUUCACGCUCAUCAGCACAAACUCUGAAGUCUCUUUCUGUUCUUGUGCUCAGGUGACUGACGAUUACACUGUGAUUGGACGCAACCUGUUCAAGAAGGAGACCAAUCUCCAGCUGUUCGUGGGGUUAAAGGUCACGCUGUCGACGGGUGAGACUGGCGUCAUCGAGGGUGGGUUUGGACAGAGCGGGAAGUUCAAGAUUCGGAUACAAGGUAAGGAGUACCUGAGGUGAGGAGUUGUAAUUGAUUUUCAACCUUGUAAAAGCAGUUGUCAAAAACUUUGGCUUGGAAAGUCUGCUUCUCAGUCAAUGUUCACGUCUUUCUUUUUUUGUGUGGGGGGGGAAUUCGGGGUUCCUUGGACAGUUUCUAGGAUGCGGUAAAAGCAGUAGGCCCAACAUCCUGAUCCACAUUCCCAUGAUUCCUCGGGGGAACGCUUGAGUUCCGGGGGAAGUCUGUCCGUGUUUAUUUUACCUUCUGUUGCUCCAAACCCACUGCUCCUCACCGGGAGGGAAGAGAAAACAAAAACAUUUAGAGAGAGAACCUCACCUACAUCCUCCUCGCUGCCUCACACUUGCAUACCUCCGAAAGUCUCCGACACACUUAAACACAGAGAUCUUCAUGCAGGAACAUAAAGCAGACAUACUGUGGUGUUCAUGUGAGACUCCCUGUGGGCAUUGGGGCAGGGAUGGCGCUAUUCUACUGAUAAAGUAUAGGUCAAAUAACGGAUAGGACAGUACAUAUGAAUGGGGGCUCUUAGGACAUUAUUAGCACAGUACAGUCAAUGAUAUGGUAAGUUAAGGUGUAUUUAUUCUUAAGGGCUGACAUUUAAACUUGAACAUCUUUCUAUCUUGCCUUGUGGAGUCUUUUUAUUUUCUGUGCAUGGCAGUAAAAUGUACACCUUGUUUGUAAGAAAACCCUGAAGCUGCUUUAAAAUGAUCAUCAACCACUGAAAUCACUCCAUACUGCGGCGAUCUGCAGCAGUGUUUGACAUGGAUUUGAUGAUGACAACAUAAUUUGCUGCUGUUCAUCAGUAUCGUGCGCUCUCUUUCCCUUUCCUCUAAAUAACAUGUUUUUCAUUUUCUGCAUAAAGAUCCACACUCUUUAUCACAUGUAUAAUGGGUAAAGAGGCUGAAAUAUCUGCUUGAUUCAAACUUUAACGCUACUGAUGCUCACAUACAUCCUAUUCAGACAUGAAACUAAAUAUUUUCAGCGUGUUUUUUCUGCUGUUUCCUGUAUUUUAUGUAUCUCGACUUUAGCUCGAUAACGCAUGCUUGCCUACUCCUCUGCUUUCUCUUUUCAUUGACUGUCUCUUGUUGGGUUGCACCACCUAACAAGAGAUAGAAAGACCAAUAACUAAAAAUCUCGAACGCCCAAUUUAAAAAAAAAAAUUCUUCAUUGCUCCUGGAAGAAAAGUUUAUUAACUUUGCUUCCUUGCCUAUUUUAGUUCAUCAAAAUGCUUGUUCUUUGAUAGUUUACAUCGUCUAAUCAAGACAUUCUUCUGCUCAUAUCCCCGGUGCAUCACAUCUAUUAAUAUAGAUUUUUUGGCUUUUGGGGAGAUCUCACUUUAUGUCUUAGCUUCUAAAACAGCCUUAGUUUUUUUUUUUUUUUUUAUUCGAGGGCAAACACGCAGUUGCAAUUCCAAUGUGUCACUUGAAUAUGAACAUAAAUCAUUUAGGCUCAGGUAUGUUUUGUGCUAGUAAACAGACAUUCUCAGCCGAUCACAGAUAACUCGAAGAGUUUUCUGGCUACGCUGCAACCAUAAUAACCCUCACAUUGGCAUAACGAUAACAAGAAGAAUGCUGGCGCCGUUUUGUGUGCGAGGUCAGACAGCCUGCAUGAAAAGCAAUGAACCCGGAACAUUUCUUACCUUGUGAGGCGGCGAACAUUUUCUAUAAGCAAUACGUAUGCAUGCAUAAUGACAAGGGGGGUAGAUAUAAUGGCAGAGAAAAUGUUUUAGAGCACGCAUGAGGAGCAUUCAGCCGCAGAUCGCACAGGACGGCUGUGAACAAGGCUCAAGUUUGAGGAGCAACCGAGAUCUAUUUCUCCACAAAUUUUCAUCAGCUACAUCAGGAGGAUAAAGGCGUCAGUUGAUCCCGAGGUCAGCACACUGAACAAGCUCCAGCACCAACUGUACACAUAACAAGGAGGAAAAGAUCUCUAUCAAGCAUCAGAUAUGCCUAAACUGACAUAAGGCUGACUUACGUACAGAGCAGAGUGUAGGGUGAUGUACAGUGUGAUCUAGAUCAUUUACCUAAGAGGACCCAUUUCUUUGCUGUUUGCUGAUUAUUUCUGAAUAACAGAUAAUUUACAGCUUUACUCUGCCUCCCCGUUUAUCUUUUCCUCAGAGGGUCUUUCCCCAGAAACCAAGCAGCUGCUAUCCUCCACCUCCAAGAAGAAAGGGAAGGGUGGGGGAAAAGGUGGAAACGAAGAGGAGUGUAAAACAGAUUCCCAGCCUGUGAACAUUCUCUUGCAUUUUAAGCGGUACAUCUUCGAUCCCCACAAAAAGAUGGUUCAGUCUUGACCUUCGCUCUUACUUGAAGCCCAAAACUGCAUCAAGGUGCGUAAGAAAGGCUGAGGGCAGAUUCAGAGGUCCUGUGGAGGUACAAGCCUUUGUAUUAGGCGUGUAGCUGCUUUCUCAUCAGCCUCUGGGGAUGGAGACAGUCCAUUGAAAUGCACUGAUUGUGGAAUGCCGAACGCAAAUGAAACAAUGAUUGUUUUAUUUUCUUCUAUGGAGAUGAACUUAAUCCAGUUUGCUCCAUCACAAGCUGCUCUUCUGUUGCUCAUUUGAGUUGUCUUUGAAAAAAAAUCACUGCUUUUGUUCUUCUCAACUCUGAAUCAAAUUAUUUGACAUGCAGGAAGUUUUAGUUCUGAGCUUUAAUCCAGCAUAUAAAUUGAAAAAAUGAUGAAAUACUGGGCUCUAGUGUGUGCAUCUUGCAUGUUUCUCUGUAUCCGGUAGGAGGUCAGGUUAUUUUUCUGUGGUACAUUAAUCAUCAUCUUUUUUUUCUGCGUGAUUUUUUUUCAAUGAACUCUUCCUUUCAUUCAUUCAUCAAUGCCAUUUCAUUUGCUAAAAAGUUUGUAAAGCUACAGUAUGUGUUACACCAAAGGUUGCAAACUUAGACUUCUUAUAUUUUCUGAUAGAUAAAUAAUAAUAAUUAAAAAAAACUGAACUGAAACUCUA